GAGGUCGCCCAAGAAGGUUGAGGAGAAGAGGGGGGCAUCGCAGCAGCCUCCUGAGAAGGACGAGGAGAAAGACAAGGACUCUUCAGAGUCGGAGGAAGAAAAAGAGGAGUCAGAAGCUGCCUCAGACAAGACCAUACUUGUCGACCCGUCGCUGCCGCCAGCGACUUCGGCGCCAGGACUCUCAGGGAAGGCUAAACCCCCUGUUCCCCCUCGAGGAGUUGCAGAGAAGGUCAAGACUGAGGAGAAGGCCGAUCACGGAGAAGAAGAACCAGCUGGUGACAGCACCGGGCUGGGAACCUCACGCCGCCGUCAUCGCCACAGUCAUCGACGGCGCUCGAGUCAGCCAUCAAGGCCUGAUCGGAAGGACGACAAGUCCAGUAAGAAGCGAAAGAACAGGAACCCUAAACACAGGGCAGGGCGCAAGCACAAGCGUCUCUACAGGGCCGAGCGAGACCCGUACAUCAAGAUUCACAGAAAGUUGGACGAGAGCGAGGGCGAGGUGGAGUUGGUGGGCGCUGGAGGCGCCUAUGGGCUGUUCGAUGUGAACGAGCCCGCCCGAUGGUCCACCUUGGAGACAAAGUUGGGAGACAUUAUAACUACAAUGGUUCCAGGCGAACUGUUGGGAGAAGAAGGAGUGGAAGCCGUCUUCCUGGUCACCGGAAUAGAAUUGGGAGCAGACGGAAGAAAGCGUAUGGGGAAGCAGUUCGAGGCAGGAGAAGAGUUGGAAGAGUUCGACGCAC